AUGAACGGCGCAACUGAGACAGACGCCGUUGAAGACGACCACUUGGCAAUCACCGUCCUUCCGCCAACAAAGCACAAGCACCGGAGCCUCUCUGCCGGUCUCCUACAGAGAAUCAACUUUCUGUCACGUCCACCGCCUGGAGAACUGUCGACAUCAGCUCCUGCUGCAGUUGACCUUUCAAUGCAAGCAGAAGAUGAGUCGACCCAUCCAUCUCGUCCACUCAAGGCGCGUAAACGCAAAGGUUCACUGAGGAAAACGGCCCUGCUGGGUCCCGGUCGCGUCAAACAAGACNCCCCUGCCACCGAAAUAUUCAUACACGACAAGGAUGCCCAGUCUGACCAUGCCGUCCGAUCCCUGGAUGAUGCUUUGCACCAGGCUCUGGCCUACGAAGACCUUCACCAACCUCGUCGUUUGUCUCUAGUUUUCGAACACUCGCCCAACUCGUCGCCGCCCUCGGUGCUUCCUCCGCCUGUGCAUCCAGACUUGGGCUCGCCAAUCAUCAGUCCCACGAGUCAGAGCUAUGCCUCGACUACCGACGAUGACGACCUUAGCAUGGCCGCCACCGUGACACGACCCUCUUCAUACUUUGACACUCGUCCUGUUCUCGACGUCGUGCGUCGCCGCUCGUCGCUGAAGAAUGUACCAUCCCCACUCGCUACCUUGCCAGUCCUGGUACACAAUGCAGACGACGCCUACGAUUAUUCUGAAACAGAGCGAUGGGGCUGGGUCGUGCUGGUUGUCACCUGGGUUGUCUUUGCUGUCGGCAUGGGUAGCUGUCUGGGUGUGUGGAGCUGGGCCUGGAAUGUUGGAGAAACUCCUUAUGCGCCGCCUGAGCUUGAGGACGACCCUACGCUGCCUAUCGUUGGCUAUUACCCUGCCUUGAUCAUCUUGACUGCUGUCAUGGCUUGGGUAUGGGUUGUCAUCGCCUGGGUCGGCAUGAAAUACUUCAAGCAUGCAAAGAUACAAGGCGAUGACUGA